CGUUUAUUUAUACACAAUAACAUAACCUUAAAUGAUUAGUGUUCCAGAUUCUAAGCAGAAUGUAUAUAACACGGAUGAGUUAUUAUGUGUAUGUGGUUAUUCGUCAUGGUGACAGUUUCGGUUGAUAGUCGUAUUAUACUGUAAAGUAUUAAUUAAAGUACAUUCUUCUAGUAUUAUUUCUCUUUUCGUAUGUCAGCAAACCUGGUUAAAGUAACAAUUUUAUGAGUAACUUUUAUUGUUUUCCCUUCAGCAAGUGCAUUAUGUAUUAUUUUUGUAUGUUUUUACCUUAGUUUUUUAUGUUUCAGAGUAAACACAGCUAACUUACAAAUACAUGUACAGUGUUAAGUGUGGACUUUAAAAUCAACAAAGUUGAAGAUAUGAACUGAGGAGUUAAAAGUUUGAAACCUGAACAAUUAUGGACUGAGUUAAAUGAUAAAACACUACUCAAGAAAUAACUUAUCUUCAAAUGGCAAUUAGUCAUGUGUCGGUUAAGGAAGCGAGUUGUGUUUUUAUUCAUUCUGUGCCUAUACUGUGCUUUGUUCCUUACUUUAAUUUUGUACUGGAUGUAUACUGAACAUAUCAAUUUUAACUCAGAGGACAUUGAAGAGAGUUCAUAUGCUGAUUUAAAGAAAGAACAACAGCCUAUGUUAUAUACCACAAAGAAAAUACCUGUUGAAAUAUGGGGUAAAGCUUCCAUAUCACUUUACCUAUGGCAGCAUAUUCUUAAGGGACCACUUCAUUCAAUCCACAAUAGUUUGAUGAAUGUUGGUAAUUUGACUUUAAACAACUUUGAGUUUUCAUUCAAGAAUGGUGCAGGAUUCAUUCAAACCACAGUCCCGCAAAAUGUGCAAUACCUGGUUCUGGUUAUCAAUGGCAGAUCACCAGACAAAGUGAAGCAAGCUGAAGAAUGGUUGAAAUAUUUGAAAAAACUGAAACAAUUAAAGAAAGUUUGUGUAGUUUUGUUGGGAUCUGAACAGUGUGAGAAUGACUGGAUAUUACCCUAUAUGGUUUCUAGAGGAGGUACUGUGAAUGUAGCAUUCCUUGUGUAUGACUCACCUUUAGUAGACAACAAGGAGUUCUUUCAGUGGCCUCUUGGUGUUGCAGAGUACAGAGGAUUCCCAGACUUCAGUGAAAGUUCAAUAGACCUUUUGAGUAAGAGACCAUAUUUAGGAAAUUUUGUUGGAACAGUUUAUAAAAAUUCAUCCAGGGAAUCGAUGGUUACUUUUAUUAAAAAAAGAAAAUGGACUGAUAAAAUUCUUCUUAUUGAGCGUGAUGAAUGGAUUCCGAAUGAAACUUCAGAGUCGAGGAAACAUUAUAUAGAAGCACUACAAUUAUCAGAUCUAACACUGAGCCCAGUGGGCAUGAAUACAGAGUGUUACCGGAUAUAUGAGGCUCUCGCACUAGGUAGCGUGCCAAUAGUCGAGGAUGUGGUGACUUGGGGCAAGUGUGCACGUACACCUCCCGCACCCCUGCGGCUCCUCAAGCAACUACAUGCUCCAGUCAUCUGGCUGUCUGAAUGGACCAACCUCUCCACUGUGCUUCAUCACCAACAGCAACUCUCUUUCCGAGAGAUAACGAAGAGAAGAAUCAAAGUUUUUAACUGGUACAAGAACUUUAAACAACUUAUGAAACAGAAAUUUUUAAAGGUUUUAUCAAAUAUAUUUAUUAAUUGAUA